AUGAGUUCAGGAACCCCGUCGGGACUGUCACAAGAGUCUAGCUCGACGGUUAAAAGUUCGUUGCGAAAGACGCUAGUCGAAAAAGAUGGUGAAAUCGGGUACACAAAAAGCAGUAAUACUUUUGUUGCGAUGACUAACUUUGCUAUUAAGUGUACAGGCUACGUUACCACAGACAUCGACUCAACAAACGCGGAAGGAUACCUCUUGGAUGUUUAUCCAAAAAACUCUGUUCCUUCGUCCGAAAGCGAACAAAGUGAUGCUACAAGCACGGCGGACGCAAGUGAAUCAUAUUACUUGACUUGGAAAGACAUGUCUUCACAAACAGGAAUCCUGAACGUUAUGUCAUCCAAAAAGUUAUGGACAGCUCCAAGCAAAGAGCAAUAUUUACCAACGUACUUAAAAUCACUUUGUGAUGACUAUUCAGCGUCGCCUGAUGCACAUAGAAUGCUUCCAGUGAAGGGAUUAGGUUUCCAGAAAGCUUCAGGAACUCCUACUUGGAUCUUUGCCUCCAACUUCCAAGUGGAGCUGAAAGAGGGAAGAGCAAGAAGAAUUCCUUCUUCUGAUUCUCCUUUCUGUGUGAUUGCCAGUGACGAGACAUUGCUGCCUGUUAGCGAAAUCGAAGGUAAUCUUGAUGCAGGGGAAUGUUUAAAAGAGUUGAUAAGUACAGAACGUGAGCUGAUGGGUGCAAAUUUUCUACCAUCAUUGCUGGUUUUGGGUGGUCUCGGAAUAGCGGUCCAUUUCGAGCAACUCUCCGAAGAGUUUAACGGGGUACCGUUUAUCAUGGCUUAUGGCGCCCCAGUCUCCGGAAAGUCUUCAGCAGUCGAAGCUGCAAUGGCUAUCAUUGGUCAAAUAGAGAAAGUUGGAGAAUGUACACUUGCUGGAGCAUUAAGGAAAGUUGGCAAUCAAAGUCUUCCCUUUUGGUGGGACGAUGUCAACGAUUUUUCUGUGCUGGAACAAUUCGUUGUUGCGGGUUUUAAUAAGGCCAAUAAAGUAUCUGCUAAAACUAAAGCUGGUUCCAACAGUGCACUGACUGUGCCAAUCAUGACAAUGAAUCCGACUACGCUUACAAAGUAUAUAAGAAAUAACAAGGAAAAGAUGUUGAGAACGUUUUCGAGAACAGCUGUGAUUCCAUUCAGUGAACUGAAAAGAGGAAGGCAGUCAUUGGCAAUUUCAUUAGGGUUUAAAAACCGCAUGAAAAACAUCUUGAAAAACCUUAUAAAGAGCAUUGGAAUCCUGGUAGAACUACAUGAUGACUUCAAAACUAUUCACCAAGACGAUUCACUAUUCAACGAGGUUAUUGACACGAUUGGCGAAACUGAGAUCGACAUCGACAUGCGGGCGCAAUGCAAUUACGCUCUUCUUCUGUACACGACGAUUAAGAUACUAGAAAAAAUCGGACUUAAAGAUUCAUAUAUGGCCGAAUUAACCGAACACAUGUACAGCGUUGUACUGCCGUUCUAUUUCGACCUGGUUGGAGGCCAUGGAAGUAGGACGGAAGAAUGUCGUGAUAAAGAUCGAAAGAGUGAAGUUAACCCAAUGAGCAAAUUAAUUAUCGACCUUGUGCAAAAAGUAAUAGCAGAUCCAGAAAAGGGAAAGGGAUUUUUCAACCCUUCCAUCAACGCAAGAAAAUGCGAUUGCGGGAAAGUUUUCGGAUUUAACGUCGGAAAAGCGCUCGCUUUCGCUGGGCAACAAGGCAAAGAAGACGCUUUUCGCAUUUAUGUUAGAAAGGCGUCCAUCGGGUGCAAUGGCGUAAAGCUGAUAAUCGGACAAAAACAAUAG